GACAUCUUCCUAACUCCAACCAAAUCUUAUAAAAAUUGUUGUCCCACUCCAGCGACCUCGACUCGGUGAAUAAGUAGAGAACCAAACUUGUACGUUUUGUUUGAUUAGUGUGAAGCAGAAUCGAUGGCUGAUUCGUCGAACCUAAAAUCAGACGCCAUGAUGGAGCAGAUGAAGCAGCAUCUGGCCACCGACGCAGGCAAAGAUCUUAUCAAAAAGAUAGGACUCGUCUACCAGAUGCAUAUUGCACCUAAGAAAAUUGGAUUCGACGAGGUUGUCUAUACUGUUGAUCUCAAGAAAGGAGAGGUCACCAAAGGGCCAUAUGAAGGAGGAAAGCCUGAUGCAUCUUUUUCAUUUAAGGAUGAGGACUUUGUUAAGAUUGCCUUGGGGAAGAUGAACCCGCAGAUUGCUUUCAUGAGGGGUGCGAUGAAGAUCAAGGGAAGUUUGAGUGCAGCUCAGAAAUUCACUCCGGAUAUCUUCCCAAAACCUUCCAAGAUGUGAGCAGAGAUGUCUGUGAGUACUUGGACCAGGUUGCUUGAAUUAUCGUUUGGAAGCAAUCAAACAAAAUAAAUAGAUAACAUCAAAACCUGAGGACUAUAUCUGUAGUAAAUAUAUGGAUUAUUAUUGCUGAGGUUGUAGGGGGUUCGUGAGUUUAAUAUAAUUCUGAACUCUAAAAGGAUAUUUAGAUAAUGUUCUGCAAAUCUACCAAAGGCUUUUAUUCUACUGUAGUUGGAUGUUUCAAGUUGGAAACUAACUCAUCAUGCGUUAUUUAGAGUUACCUUUCUAUUCUUUUUGUCAUUAAUACUUGAAUGAAUGAAUCGCUGAGCCU